GAUUUAAAAAAUAUUUUAUGUAGUUUAUGAAAUACAGUGAAUUAAAUGUAGUAAAGUGUUGCUAUGCAGUUGCUAGGUUCAGGGUCAGGGCUCUCUCCGGGUUUCUGGUGCCUAGAUGCUCUCUUCAGUGGGGUUUCUGUAUUAUAGUAAUUAAGCGUGUGUCUUAGCUGUCAUGUCGUGCUCGACACACUCAUGUUUGUCUGUUUUUAACAAGCACACACACACACACCUACUUUCAGAUAGAAAUGAAAUGAAAGAAAUGCUAUAAUUAUGAGCACAGGAUGUAGCUGGAGGAAAUGUACAGGUUCCCGGCAAACUUUACAAGCUCCGAGACUAAUUAUAGUGUGUGUGUGUGUGUGUGUGUGUGUGUGUGUGUGUGUGUGUGUGUGUGUGUGUGUGUGUGUGUGUGUGUGUGUGUGUGUGUGUGUGUCCUUCAGACCUGCUCUUGCUACUCCUGGUAUUCUCAUGCGUCUCCCUGGAGUGCACACACACACACACACACACACACACACACGUUUCAUAAACACUCUGCUCUUCAGGAUUGUGUGCAGCAGUGGAAACUUCUGACAGCUCGCUGUAACUCCGUCACUCACACACACACACACACACACACACACACACACACUCCUGAACUCUCCGGUCUGAGCAGAGUGUGUUCUGAGGAGUGUGUGUGAUGGAUGUGACGCUGUUCUUCUCUCUCUGUGUGUGUGUUUGCGCGGCUUCAGAAACACUCCGGUCUUCGAGAUCGCUUCCGUCCGACGGAUCGUGUCGAUAUGGAUGGACGAGAACCUUAAAGGGUCAAUGCAAACCGGUGUGUGAGUGGGGCUGUAAACACGGCGAGUGUGUCGGACCUGAUCAGUGCCUUUGUCGGACAGGAUUCACCGGCAAGACCUGCAACCGAGAUGUGAACGAGUGUGCGUUCAGGCCGUGUAAGUACAGGUGUAUGAACACUCUGGGCAGUUAUAAGUGUUACUGUCUGAACGGCUUCAUGAUGACAUCAGACGGUGUGUGUCAUGAUGCUCGUACGUGUGCGAUGGCUAACUGUCAGUACGGCUGUGCGGUGAUGAAAGGUGAGGUCAGGUGUCAGUGUCCAUCUCCAGGACUGAAACUCGCUCCUGACGGCAGGACCUGUGUUGAUGUGGACGAGUGUGUGACGGGCCAGGCCUCGUGUCCGAGGCUUCGGAAGUGUGUGAACACGUUCGGCAGCUACGUCUGUAGAUGUCACGAAGGCUUUGAGCUGCGGCACAUCAACGGAAAGUACAGCUGCACAGAUAAAAGGUUUUCAUCUAUUUGCUAUGACAAGCCCGGACACAAGAAAUGUAAAUGCACCCCGAGUGUUAAUGGAAAGGGUUACGACUGUAAAUCUGUUUUUAAGGUCACCAUUGAGCCUGCGAGGCCAGUCGAAGUCACAGUCAGCCUGACAACUAUCUCCACGGCAACAACUCCUGUGACGACACACAGAGAAACAACAGCCGCGGCGACAACCUCAGCCACUCCCCCGCCUGCCGUUACCAUAGCGACUUCUGUUCCGGAAAGCACAGCCAUGACGACAGUACCGCUCGACUACCGUUGCUAUAGCAACGACAACCAAAGCUACAACUACAACAACAAAAGCCACAACGACAGCUGCUACCACAGCCCUCACAACCGUUGCUAUGACCACAAGUCCAACCCCAGCGCUGACAUCAUCUGCCCCGACGACUACAGACACGCCUCCAACAACAGCCUCCUUCGAAACCAGCACAGGCCCACAGAUGAGCUCGACUCAACGCUAGACAACCGCGUUCACCGCGAGACCACGGCCAAACCACGAGGAGACGUUCACAUUCCACGUUUCGAGAACAACCUGUUUGACUGGGACUUUGACGUUGAGCCGGGAAACACUGAGGAGUUCUCACGAGAUGAUCCAGCCGCCGCUGCUGAGAGCUGCUCGUUUGAUGAGGGUCUGUGUGUCUGGAUGACGGACUCAGAAGGAGAUCUGAGAUGGGAAGUCAAAGACGACCCUGCUGGUGGGCGGUACCUGUCAGUUCCUGAGACUACAAAACGGAGCGUCAAAGGGGCGCGGCUUACUGUGGCGCUGGCUCCUCCCACAAAGCCGUGGCGGGGCGGAGACCUCUGUCUGUCGUUCAGACACCGUCUCCAUGGACACCACAUCGGCUCUCUCCAGGUGUUCGUCAGGAAGGGGCGGAGUCACAACCCGUCCAUCUGGACGAGGACUGGAGGAUACGGCUGGAGACACGCCCAGAUCACACUUCUGGGGCGGGGCCUGCUUGAUAUUGUGCUAAAGGCAGAGAGACGGCGAGGAAAACAUGGAGAAAUCUCUGUGGAUGACUUUACUCUGAGACGAGGAGCCUGCAGCGACCAACACCACAGGACAGAGUGACACACACACACACACACACACACACACACACACACACACACACACACACUGACACACACAGAUACACACACACACACACACAGACACACACAGACACACACAGACA